AACUGACCCUCGGAAACCAAAGCCAUAUGGACCAGUAAUUCAAGAGUCUUAUCUAUGAUUUCUUGCAAAGUCCAUUUUUGACCAUCUUAGCUAAAUUUACGCCCACAUUCACUAUUGGCUCCUUAAUUUCUCCCUUGGAAUUUCUUAUUUCUCUGAAUUCCAUCAAUUCUGAUCACAACCCUGGGCUUUAUAAUUGAUUUUUUCAGAAUCAUCUGUUUCGAAUUCAAAAUCUUUUCUAGGGUUGUUUUCUAUGUACAAACCCUAGAAAAGAAACAAAAUGGAGAAAUGACGUCCUCCUCUACAUACAUUUGGGAAGAUUGGAAAUGUAAUGGUAAAUGACCUUCAAAUAGAAAAUGGCAAAACGCUUUAGCUUUACAGCAUCCACAGACAGGUUAUACCGCUAUUUCUUCGCCUACUCCGGCCUCCGCUCGACUGCCACCGACCUUGGUGGUGGCACCAUCAUCCACAGCUGGAUUCCCAAAACCCACAAACCCACAAAACCCACCCUCCUCCUCAUCCACGGCUUCGGUGCCAAUGCAAUGUGGCAAUAUGGCGACCUCCUCCGCCACCUCCUCCCCCACUACAACCUCUACGUGCCGGACCUCCUCUUCUUCGGCCAGUCCCACACUUCGGCGCCUGACCGGUCGGAAGCAUUCCAGGCCAAGUGUUUGAUGAAGUUGAUGGAGGUGCAUGGGGUGGUUGGGAAGGUGAGUUUGGUUGGGAUUAGUUAUGGUGGGUUUGUGGGGUAUAGCAUGGCGGCGCAGUUUCCGGCUUCGGUGGAGAGGGUGGUGGUGUGUUGCGCGGGGGUGUGCUUGGAGGAGAGGGAUAUGGGGGAGGGAUUGUUUCGGGUGGCGGAUUUGGAGGAGGCGGUGAGGAUUUUGUUGCCGCAGACGGUGGAGAAGCUGAGGGAGUUGAUGAAGCUUUCAUUUGUUAGGCCGGCCAGAGGGGUGCCCUCUUUCAUCCUUUCAGAUUUCAUUCUCGUUAUGUGUACAGAUCAUCUGAAAGAGAAGAGGGAAUUGAUCCAAGAGAUACUCAAAGAUCGAAAGCUUUCUGAUCUUCCCAAGAUCAAUCAGCAAACUCUAAUAAUAUGGGGAGAGCAAGAUCAAAUCUUCCCAUUGGAGCUGGGACACAGGUUACAAAGGCAUAUUGGGGGGAAUGCUGAGCUAGUGAUAAUCAAGAAUGCAGGGCAUGCUCUCAACUUAGAGAAGCCUAAGGAGUUUACCAAGUACUUGAAGGCAUUUCUUCUUGAUUCCUCAACAGCAAAAUAACAUGAAAUUUUAUAACUUAAACAAUCUUUGAUUUUCUUGGAAUUUAUUCAGAAAUGAUACAUAUGUAAUUUGUACAUGCCUGUUGUGUAUAUCAAAUUUAUAUUCAGAACACUAAGGUUUCAUUUCCUUUUACAUCCUUUUAUCCCCUUUCUAUUCGCCG